UGGAGUAAAGACACUGUGCUCCUACAAGUAUAGCACGCCGCUCUGAGACCAGAAAAAAUAAAGAAACAAGUAUUUACAGGGCGAGUGCUCUAGGGAGUGAAUGCUCGUAGAAGAAGAGAAAUAGGCGGCAAAUUUCAUAAAUGUAAAUUCCAGUCCCUUCUUUGCGUUUGAUCCUAUACCGUUUCUCUUCAUCGCUGGUGAGGAAGAAGGCCCUCUUUGCAUUAGUUUACGCUUGAAUUCAUGAUCCGAUGGAUCCAAACGUGCUCAUGGUUGCAGAGAAACCAAGCAUUGCUUUCUCCAUUGCCUCGGUUCUCUCAUCUGGCUGCAUGUCAACUCGAAGGGCUAGCACAGACGUUCAUGAGUUCGAUGGAUUGUUUCAGGGAUUCAAUGUGCAUUAUAAAGUGACAUCUGUAAUAGGGCAUGUCUUCAGUGUGGAUUUUCCACCUGCAUAUCAAAAUUGGGAAACAAUCAAUCCAUUGGAUCUUUUCCAAGCACCAAUAUUGAAGACAGAAGCCAACCCAAAGGCUCGUAUUGCCAGGCAUUUGAGUCAAGAAGCACGUGGAUGCAAGUAUUUGGUGUUGUGGCUAGAUUGUGAUCGAGAGGGAGAAAACAUAUGCUUUGAAGUUAUUGAGUGUACUGGUAUUCAUCCGAUGGAUGGUGGAAGAAGGGUAUACCGUGCUCGUUUUUCUUCUGUUACUGAGAGUGACAUUAGGAAGGCCAUGCAGAAUCUUGUUGAACCUAAUAAGAAUGAAGCAUUGGCUGUGGAUGCCCGUCAAGAGAUUGACUUGAAAGUUGGAGUUGCUUUUACACGCUUUCAAACUCGAUAUUUCCAAGGAAAAUAUGGCAACCUUGAUUCUAGUGUUAUCUCCUAUGGGCCAUGUCAAACUCCUACUCUAGGUUUUUGUGUCCAACGCUACUUACAGAUUACGACAUUUAGGCCUGAGAAGUUUUGGUCUUUGCACCCAUACAUCAGUAAAAGUGGUUAUGAACUUCGCCUAGAGUGGGACCGUAGCAGAGUUUUUGAUUUAGAUGUUACAAAAAUUUUUGAAAAGCUGGUGGUUGAUGAAGGAAAAGUAAAAGUAAUUGGAAUAUCAACAAAAGAGGAAAGAAAAGCCCGUCCUUUUGGGCUUAAUACUGUGAAUUUGCUGAAGGUUGCUUCCAGUGCAUUAGGCCUUGGACCACAUCAAGCUAUGCAAAUUGCUGAGCGGUUGUACACUCAGGGUUUCAUCAGCUAUCCACGCACUGAGAGCACAGCUUACCCAGCUACAUUUGAUUUUAGAAGCACUCUUGCAGCUCAACUUGAUAAUCCUACAUGGGGAAGUUAUGUACAAGCUCUACUAGCUGAUGGUUUUAGUAGACCCCGAACAGGAAAUGAUGCAGGUGACCAUCCUCCUGUAACUCCAAUGCGAUUGGCAACAGAAGAUAUGUUGGGGAGUGACGCAUGGAGAUUGUACCAAUACGUAACUCAACACUUUAUUGGGACUGUGAGUCCUGAUUGCAAGUACUUAAGGACAAAAAUUGAUUUCUCGGCUGGGGGGGAGCUAUUCUACUGUAUAGGGCUACGAGUAACUUCCCAAGGGUUUACAUCUGUUAUGCCUUGGAUGGCUGUAAGUGAAAAACAUCUUCCUAAUUUCACCCAUGGGGAGCUGAUAGGAGUUUCAAAAGUUGACUUGUUUGAGGGGUGCACCUCCCCUCCAGAUUAUCUGAGUGAGAGCGAGCUGAUAUCUCUUAUGGAAAAGCAUGGUAUAGGCACAGACGCAUCUAUUCCAGUACAUAUUAACAACAUAUCUGAGCGCAAUUAUGUACAGGUUCAAGCAGGGAGGAGAUUGGUCCCCACAACUCUAGGAACCACACUAAUCAGAGGAUAUCAAUGUAUUGAUUCAGAUCUCUGUUUGCCUGAUAUCCGCGGCUUCAUAGAGCAACAAAUCACCCUAAUUGCAAAGGGACAAGUUGAUCAUGUUCUUGUUGUACAGCAUGCAAUGCGCCAGUUUACACAAAAGUUCUCUUAUUUUGUUGAACAUAUUGCAGACAUGGAUGCAUUGUUUGAAGCACAGUUCUCUCCUUUGGCUGAUUCUGGCCGUCUACUUAGCAAAUGUGGAAAAUGUGUCCGGUACAUGAAGUACAUCUCUGUACAGCCAGCACGUUUAUACUGUGGAGCCUGUGAGGAGGUUUAUUAUCUUCCUCAAAAAGGCACUGUCAAGCUAUACAAGGAACUAGCAUGCCCAUUGGACAACUUUGAACUGGUGCUCUUUUCUCUAUCUGGCCCUGAUGCCAAGUCUUUCCCACUCUGUCCCUACUGCUACAACAAUCCACCUUUCGAAGGCAUUGGCACACUUUAUGGCUCACUUGGCCCAGGCAGGUCAGGCAAAGGUGCAGGCAUGCCCUGCAACCUCUGCCCACACCCCACAUGCCGCCACUCAAUGAUCACACAAGGUGUAUGUGCAUGCCCAGAGUGUGAUGGCACUCUCGUGCUCGACCCUGUUAGUGCUCCAAAGUGGAGGCUUUACUGCAACUUGUGCAAUUGUCUUGUGUCUUUACCUCAUGGUGCCUAUCGAAUUGCGACCACACAAGAGAGGUGUGUAGAAUGUGAAUCUACCCUCAUUGAGAUUGAUUUUAACAAGAAGACGACACCUUUAAGCAAUGGGGAGACGUUGCAUAGAGGAUGUAUUUUGUGUGAUGAGCGUUUGCAUUCGCUUGUGGAGAUGAAGCAUGGGAAAUCAUUCUUUAGGGGAAGAGGAAGAGGUAGAGGGAGAGGCAGGGGAAGGGGAAGGGGGAGAGGAAGGGGGAGGGGCGGAAAGCAUGAGGACCCAAAGAUGAGCUUUCGGGAUUUCUGAUGAAUGCCCCCUUUUUAUGCAUCAUUUGUUUUUCUCUGUUUUUGUUGCCUUUGCAGCAACUAUUGAGGAGAGAGUGCAUGUAUAACUUUCUGACCUCCAGUUGGAAGAACCACCCAAAUCGGUUGAGUUGCCCCAUUCUGUACCGUGUCAUGGUUGUUUUCUCUUGGUGCAUGUAAGGCAGUCACUUUAGCCCAAAUGUUCCAAGUUCUUUUUAAACUAAUUUGGGGCAUGCAUAAUGUUUGUUACAUAAAUUUGUGAAAUAUUUAUUUAUUUGAGCAUUCUCAAUUUGUCUAA